AUUAUAUUGAAACUUGAAGGAAUAGAACUAUAGAAGGGGGAAAACGACUAGGGUUUCGAUCGGAAGAGAGAGAGAGAGAGAGAGAGAGAGAGAGGGAGAGAGAGAUGGAGAAGGUUGGUUGCAAGAGAAAAUCGAAAUUGAGCGAAGAGGAUAUAGAAUUGAAGAAGCGUGUCCAGAAGAUGCUUGGACCUGACUGGAAACCGAUGACGAUCCAGGCCGAGGAAAUAUUCAAUAGAUUAUCAGAGAAUAGGAAGAAGAAUAAUAAGUAUUUCGGUAGACUCGUUAAGCCCAUUGAUAGCAUAUAUAAUGAUGUUAUUUAUGAACACCGCCAUUCCAAUUCCUAUCCCCCCGAAACUGUUCAAAGCAUGAACACUAUUGCCAAUGUUGCAAUUGAUGUCUUCAACCAAAAACAGCCAAUAAUCAAAUACAGUGUGGUGGAUGUGGUCAGAGUAACCAGGCUUUUAAUCCCUGGAUAUAUAGUUCAUGUGCUGUUUACUGCCAAGCCCGAUGGUGAUGGCGAAGGUCCUGUGACUUCUUUCGACGCAAAUGUUCGUUAUUUCUGCGGACGUGCUCAAGAAGUAACCUAUGUUGAUAUCGAAUACAUCCCGCCAACUUCAACUUAGCUUCUACAGGUGAUUCCAUCUUUUGGGUUCUUAAGUUGUGUGGAUUUUCACUGCAGCCGGAACCUACUUGUUUGCGCUGCUGCUGCUGCUUCGUCUUCGUCUUCUCCUAUUCGUUCCUGUGCAAUUUCGAAACUCACAUACGGUUGGGAUAAAAAGGCAGAUCUGAAUAAAUAAGAGCCGCCUUUUCUUUUUCCUUCUUUUAUUUUUUUUUCUUUUCAAAAAUUAGAGCAAAGUCCUUUACUAGGUAGGAUAAGGAAGAUCUUUCUUUUUGUUUCGAUUUAAGUCCCUAAGCUUUAGAUUUCAAUUUAAAUCAAGUCCCUCAAUGUAUCUAUUUUCCCUAUAUGAGAGCAAUUUUUUUUGGGUCAA